AUGUUUGGUGGAGACGUCGUGUGGGAGAAGCUCCACCUGGGACAUGAGGCUCGGUGGUGCACGCCCCGGGCUCCAGGAGGCGGCGGGUGGAGGCUGUGUGUGCUGUGUGUGCUGGAGCUGAUGGAGAGGCAGGACGUGGCGUCUGUGAGAAAGUCCUAUGCCCUGUCUGGAGUCAGCGGGGUAUUGAAGUACUCUCCAGGGGCCUUAAAGGAACUGCUUCAACAAGACCAACAAGUAUCAUUGCGUUUUAUAGCUUCUCUGCUUGGGAUGCUACAGUCCACAGAGGACACAUCUACUUUGGAGAAGGUUGACCAAGUGCUUCUCCAGGUGCUCUUAGAGCUGCAGAGUGAGCCGCCCUUUCGCUUUGUCUUGGACCAGAUACAAAAACAGCUAUGCGGCCCAUUAAAUGCCAGGGGUUGGCCAUCAACAUUUAAUUUCAUCGGGCGAUUGUUGGAGGCCGUCCCUAACAUUACCUAUGUGCUUGUGACUGAGUAUGUGCCGUUGCUGGAUCACUUGUGCUCAGCCCCGCUCUCCGCAGAUGAAGAGCUGAAGGCUUCUAUAAUAUGUGUUUGGAUCAAACUGUUUGGGGCCAGUGCUGCAGCUGUACCUGCCUCCAUCAGGGACAGAGUGUGUGUUCUGUUGCUCCAAACCUUAGCCAACGCCAGCACCACUGUGCUCAUCACCAACUGCAUUGGCCUGCUGUGGCUGCUAGUGCAGGUGGCAGCAGCAGUGUCCGUUCUGAUGAGCAGUGCGUCUGCUCCGCUCAUGUGUGAAGAGUCCCAGAGCAGCCAGAGCCCAGAGCAACAGCCCCCCGAGCACAGCCCUCUGCCUCUCAUCCUGAAAAAGUUGUUGCUGAGCGGCGAUGAGAUGUUGCAGGUGAGCAGCGCCAAGUGUAUUGCAUCUGUCCUGGUUCAUUCUCCGCGUCAGUACAGCGCUCCCUUCAUUAAAGCUGAUGUUCCUGAGUUUCUGUUUGACAGACUUGCUGGUACUAAAAGUGAAGCUCUGUUGUGGUCCGUCUACACCUGUUUGAAGCUCCUGACCGAGGACUCGCUCUUCUUCUCCCAGUGCCAUUCUGUCUAUGGCAUUGAAUCUCUGGUGCGCAGUCUGAAGGAGGCUUUACGUCUGACCAACCUAGAAGUGUCUAAACGGGGACUUCUUUUACUCACUGUCAUCCUGGAGAGACAGCCCCGAGAGGUGCGCCUGUUCCCCAGUGUCCCCGACUUUGUUGGUGUGUGUGAGGCGUUGGAGGCUGGGGUGUCCUCCUCCUGUCUCCUCGUGGCCACACAGGCUGUGAAGGCCACCUGCAUCCUCCUCAGAAAACAACAUCAGUCUCGACCAGUCCAGUUCAAGGAGAUCACAGGAAUGAUCGAGAGCAUCACCAAGAGGUUUUCAGAGCUGUCUUUGUCUUUACAUAUACGCCACCAGAACUCUGUGAGUGAAACUUUUAUGUCGAGUUCAAUAAAGUCCAGUAUCUGCAGCCCGGCUUCUAGGUCCCAUGUGUUCCUACUUCAGGCUCUGGUCUGUUUUCAGUCAGCCUGCAGGUUGGCUCUGGAGUGUGCAUCAGAGCCGGGUUUAAAGGAGAACGCAUUUACGGCUCCGUCAAAAACACAACAAAAUGAAGAUUCCCUGGAGUCCCUGUGCCGGUGUAUGCUGCGCUGUUGUGACUCUGUUUGGAUACCCGCUGUCAUCAAGGCGAGCCAACAUGGACCCAACGCUCAGAUACUGCAGCACUUCUACUCCAUUUUGUCCUCUCAGUUCUUCCUCCUUCCAUCGCUCAUGCCUGUGUUUGCGAGGAAGCUUGCGUCCUCGUGUUUCGUCCGAGUGGCGUUGGAGCACAAAUCUCUGCUGUGCACAGGAAACAGGAACCCAAAUCUUAACGCGUCCUGCUGUGAGUUUCUGUUCAAUCUGAGCCUGUGUCUUUACAAAGAGUCCGACUGCGACCGUCUGGACGGUUUCCAGUCAGAGGCGGAGGAGGUGGAGAACGUUCUGCUGCACCAUCUCCCCGCUCUGUCCUGUCCUCUGUCGGAUUGGCCCUCUCUGCUGCGCAAGGCUCCUGGGCUUCAGCUGUGUGACUACAAAGGUCAAAGGGCGACUCAGUACUGCGUGAUGGUGCUGCUCCACUUGGCUUUUCAACAAGGUGACAGACUCCUUCCAGACCAGACUGUGUUCUUUAGUGUGGUGUGGCUGCUGCGCUCAGUGCAGGAGCAGGGCAGUUGUGUCCUUCCUCAUUUUGUGCUCCGCUCUGCCCUCUACCUGCUGUCAGUGACACAGGACAAAAGCCCCAGCCUCGAAAAGACUCAAUUGAAGUGCAUCAACAAAGCCCUCUCAUCGUGCCAAACGCUCUCCUCCGUGUACAUCCACCACCCACCUCUGCUGCACUUCAUCUGCCGCUACUCUGAGUUAGAACGAUUCAGAGCGCUGGUCUUAGAGCUGUGGCUAACCAGGAAAGCUUCACAUCCAGACUUAAACAGUGAAGACAGUAGAGAAAAACAGCAUGGUGAAGAAGACGACGAACCCGAAAUAACAGAGCUCCUAACGCUGAUAGAAAAGUACCCUGCUGUUACUGCUACCCUCCUGGAGAUGGUGUGUACCAGAGAAACCGGUCUGGCACAGAGAGCCCUGAACGUGUUGGAAGUCCUCCUGAGCAGCCAAACGCAUUACAAAGCAGAACUGUGCACUAAUCUGAGGCCAGCUUUGCUCCAAGCUCUGCAGAAACUCAGCGUUGAGGAGGUUGGACAUGAGCUUGGACAAGGAAACACCACACAGGUCAGGUCCCUCCCGCUGGUGCUGAGGCUGCUGUGCACGACCCAAACCAGAGAGCCAUCGUCGUCCUGGAGUAAGAUGGAUGGAGUGAGUUUCAAGCUACUGUACCACGUAAGUAAUUUAGCAGGAAAACUCAAACCUGACGAUACGGAGAGUACACAGCUCGCCCUCAGAUACAUGCACCGCUUCCUCAGUCUGUCUGCGGCGUCUCGUACUGACAGAGUUGUCUCCAUGCUGCUCUCCAACACCGCGCUGAUGGAGCUUUUGCAGACUGUCAUCACGUCCUCUCCUUCCCCAGCCUCGACAGCCCUUCUGUGCAGCAGCCACCUCCUCCUGUCCUCCCUCAUUACUCUGCAGAAUGUACACUCUGCGAAGGUCCACAAAAGCAUCAGUUGGAGUCUGGACAAAGCCGUGCACCGUCUAGUUUUUCAAAAAAGAAACACUGACAGUCUCUUGCUGGUGAGUUACCUGACGCUGCUGCAGGCUCUUCUCGAUGUGGACUUUAUAUCUCCGGUGCUGUGCGUUGUCACUGCUCCGUGUUUAGUGGGCCCCAGACCUCUUGGGGUUGAAGACGGCGUUUUGUACCCACUGGGGUCAAAAGGAGCCCAGUUCCUCUCUGUGGCUCUCAACGAACUACUUCUGCAGAAACAUGAGGUUUUGCUGGGAGCCUCGGUGAACUGCCUGAGCUCCCUCCUGGGAUUCCUCCAGAGAAAGAGCCCCACUACAGCUCUACAUAUUGUGUGCCAGCCCUGGUGUCGUUUUCUGGUGUUCUGCCUGCUCGGCUCUGGACAGAGCUGCCUCCUGCAUCCUGCCACUCUCCAGCUGAUGACUCUGCUGCUAAUGCACCGCAGCACAGCGGUGCUGUGGGAGCCUGACCUGCUCAAAGUGAUGGAGGCUGUGGAGAAAGUAGGAGUGAAAGAGCUCGGCCAGGAAGCAGCAGAAGCCCUCAGGCUGCUCCUCACACAGAUCCAGAGAAGCACAUUUCACCCUCCUCCUUCAGAGCGGGACGAGCAGCGAGUGAGAAACAUCCUGGAGUCCCUCAGUCCACAGACCGCAGACAACAUCCAGUGUCCUUCAGUGGAGGUUCAGUCACACGUCAGCUCUGCAAACAGCGUCUGUCUGUAG